AUCCACUGAGUGUUAACUAUUAUUAAUGAUGGCGAAGAGCAGAUCUCUAGCGAAUAGGAAAAUGAUGAACGGACCUUCUUCUAGCCACCGCAGGGCUUCUGCUACUAUAAGAGAACGCAGACGGUACCAGCAGAUACAUGAUGCAUUCGAUCGCCUCUCAGACCGUGUGACGUUCGAUCAUGGGAUGAAGCUAUCGCAACUGCAGACUCUUGAACGCGCUCAGUUAUAUAUACAGGAUCUUCGGAGCAUCCUCGACGCUCAUGGGACAAGCCCUGCCCCUUGUGCCAUGUCGGGUGGAAAGUCACCCGGUGGCCCCUGUACGCCAUCCGCAUGUGCGGCAGAGGCGCCACUUUUACCCGGUGUACCCCUUGAUAUGAAAGGCGCAGAUCGUGUUUCACAGCACAAUGAGGCCACUGACGAAUCAAUUGAAAGUCUUCAAAUGGCACGCCAGAAUACUGAGUUUCCUGUGUCAGCACCCAGCGACGCUCUGUUGCCCUCAACAGAUUGUGUUUCACCCAACGUGUCGACCAAUUCCUCUAGCUCUAUGCCCGUUCCAAUCGCAAGUAGUGCACCCAGUUCAACCUCUUCGUGCACACAACGAGUGGACAUCACAACCCAGCAAGAGCAGGGUUUUCCCCAACGAGCAGCUGCCCGUAUGCCCAGCCAGACCGACUGCCUUGCUGCAACUGUUUCAGCGCAUCUGAUGCCGCAUUGUUGCCGACCUGGCAACGAACACGUGUUGGAUGUAGAAACAGGGGGCCGGCAAGUCGCCAAUUUUCCGCUUACCACACUCCCAGCUGAUCCCAUCUCAACGCUGUUCCCUUGGGAUCCAGAGCCCAUGCCAGCGGCAAAUAUCUGGUCGGCCGUAAACCAAUAUGAGAUAUCCUCCUGGUUGCCAGGCUUAUGGGACACUCCUACACCGCGUCUAAACCAUGUUCAGCCAUCACCAGGACCGCUGGUGUACUGAUGAGGAGAUCAGCCAGCCGCGCUUGUUUCAUCUGAUUGGACGAACAGAGAAUGCAGACGCUACCAGCAAAUACAUCAUGAUAUAAUCGCUCGCCUCUUGGACUGUACAUAUUAUACAAACAUUGGGCUUUGAUCACAUACACAAUAACAACUCACAGGAUAAUUUUGAGUGGAAUCACUUGAUUGGUCAUUAAAAACGUUCCACGUGUAUUGUACAUGUACGUGUGCAUGUGGAAUGGGAAUGGAAAGAGACCCUGACAUGAAUACCCU